UCCUGCUGGAUUGGAGCCGGGCCUCACCUCAUCGUUUCAGAGGAAACAACCCAUCUGGACCGUGCGUGGGCCACAGCUGAGCCCCCCAGUGAUGAAGCUCGGUGCCAAGCUCCCCUCUGCAGUGAGCUGACUGGGAGUGUUUGGGUGUCGGACUGGAAAGGCGUGGCAGUGGGCUGAACCACCCCAGGGUCCACUGACCUGGGAUGAGCUGAGGCCCUGAAGCAGCCCGACAAAGAAGAGCUGGUGUCACCGUGUCUCUGGUCUUCCCCUGCUCCACCCGAACACGGCCCGGGGCUGUGGGCGCGCCACGCCGCGGACACGGUGCUGAGGAUGUGCUGAGUUCUUUGCCUGGUUAUAAGAUCCCUCUUACACAAAAGUAGAAGAUGAGCAAGUCUCCCACCCCAAAGGGGACCCCUGUGCAGCAGAGCCCCAGCGAUGGGGUCCCUGAGAGCCUCCAGUCUCCUCAGCACUCCACCCCUGUCUCUGGAGAAAGAAAGAAGCGCAUCUCGAGCCUCCUUCAGAGUCCAUCGUUCCGAGAGGAGCUGGAUGGGCUGAUCCAGGAACAGAUGAAGAAGGGUGGCAGCUCCUCCAACCUUUGGGCACUGAGGCAGCUGGCUGAUUUCAUGGCCUCUCACGGCUCCCCAGCUGCCCUGCCAGUCGCCCCUUCCAACAUGAUGAUGGUGACGCCCAUUAAUGACCUGCAUGGAUGGGACCCUGGCAGCUUGGCGAAGGGGGAGAGGUUGAUGCGCUGCAAGCUAGCCAGCACCCAUCGACUGUUUGACCUUUACGGCUGGACCCAAAUCAGCCAAACCUGCCUCACGCUGCGUGUGAGUAAAGAACAGGAACAUUUCUUGGUGCUUCCAGAUGGUUUGGCCUACAGCGAAGUGACUGGAUCCAGUCUGGUGAAGGUGAAUCUUCUAGGAGAGGUGGUGGAACAGGGCAGCACCAACCUACAGGUUGACACUGAGAAGUUCAGCCUGCACUCAGCCAUCUACUCUGCUCGGCCUGAUGUCCGCUGCCUGCUACACCUCCACACACCAGCUACAACAGCAGUUUCAGCGAUGAAAUGYGGCCUGCUGCCUCUGUCCCACGAGGCUCUGCUGGUCGGCGACGUGGCCUAUUACGACUAUAAUGGAGUCAUGGAGGAGGAGAAUGAUCGAGUGGAGCUGCAGAAGAGCUUAGGGCCCACCUGUAAGGUUUUAGUGCUGAGGAAUCAUGGCAUUGUGGCUCUGGGGGAAUCUGUGGAGGAGGCCUUCUACACCAUCUACCACAUCCAGGCAGCCUGCCAGAUCCAGGUGUCUGCAUUGUGUAGUGCCGGCGGGGAACACAACCUGAUUCUGUUGGACCGGACCAUCCAUAAACCCACUGCAGCCGGCACUGUCGGCUGGGCCGGCUCCACCUUCGGGCCUCUGCAUAAGAGCCGCACUGGGGAGCACGAGUUCGAAGCCCUGAUGAGAACACUGGAUAAUCUGGGCUACCGUACUGGUUAUGCCUAUCGCUUCCCUGUGCUGCUGGAGCGAACUCGGACACGGAGGGAGGUGGAGGUGCCGGCGACUGUAACAGCCUUCCACCAGUUCGACGAUGACAGCGUCCACCCAGCUCUGAGGCAGCACCCGUUUGCUCAGCGCCAGCAGCAGGAGAGGACACGAUGGCUCAACACCCCGAACACCUACCAGAAGGUCAGCCAGGAGCAAGCCAGCCCGGGACACCAACGCACCACUUGGUUGAAGACUGAAGAGGUGACGCAGCCCGGCAGCACAGCCAUCAAGAUCGAAAACCCAAACCAGUUUGUGCCUCUUUACACCAAUCCUCGAGAGGUGAUUGAGACACGAAAUAAGAUCCGACAGCAGAACCGUCAGGAUAUGAAAACAGCAGGACCGCAGUCACAAGUCCUCGCAAGCGUCAUAACAGAGGACAGUCCUCCGAGCCCAGUGAGCCCACCCGAAGUCCCACCAGAACCAGAACCUCCCAAUCCCUUUAACCAGCUGACGGACCAAGAGCUGGAGGAAUAUCGCAAGGAAGUGCAAAGGAAACAGGACGAGGGGACCAAUGUAGGGGAGGAGGUGGAGAAUGACGAGGAGUCUCCCCCUGCUACCUCCCCUACAAAAGGCCCCGAGGCCAGCCACCAUCUCCUGUCAGCGGAGAAGGAGCAGAGCGACUCUCCCGCCGUUCAAAAUGGCAGCGAGGAGGAGAAGCAGGUUUCGGAGGAGCUGGAGAAAGGGAUGAAGGCUCUUUCUACCAACGACACCUCCUCCACUCCUGCCGCUCUGCCGGCUAAACCCCAAGGCAACACCCCCGAAGGCUCGCCCUCCAAAUCCCCGUCCAAGAAGAAGAAGAAGUUCAAGCCGCCGUCCUUCCUGAAGAAAAGCAAGAAGCAGAAGGAGAAAGUGGAGGUCUGAGUCGGAGCAGCUGAUGGGCUGAGCCACUCGGAUCUAUUCAGACUCAUGUCACGGUGUAUUUUACAGCUUCACUAUGAUACACUGAUUAAUGUGUGUGGUGAUUCAUCUGAAGCAGGUUUAAAGAGCUCUGGUUAUUUUCAUCAACUAUCUGACCCAAACCGACUAACUGGACGAACUACUUGUCAUCACUAACAGUUUCUGUAUUUGUGUCUUUGUUCCCCACACACACACACACACACACACACACACACACACACACACACACACAC